AUGUCACAUAAACAUUCUCAGCAGCUUCAACUUACUCUGCCAGAAAAAACCUGUUCAUCACCUGAAGCCUUGCAUGAUGUAACAGGUGCACAUUCACAUGCUUCACCGCUUCAUCCUUCUUUACCACAAUCGCACGUUCCAUGGUUCUCGCACACAGCGAAAGGAUCAUCGAUUGAUAAGUUUAUUGGGUUUUUCCCCACUGCAGACACCGACUUCGAUAUCCAGACUGACAACACCGGCAACGAUAGACGCAUAUCAUUUAAUCUGAAAGGCACCAAGGAUUUCGGAUCUUUCGUUGUAGGGGCUGGAAGGAAAGCCCUACUGAAAACUGUCACUGACAACGGCAGACAUUUUCAUUUUACCAGUCAAUUAGGCGAGAAAGGUAAAGAGGUGGUGGCGGCCAAUGCCGCGCGUAGCAACAUAACCUACGAAGAGUCUUCCGAAAUUUGCUCAAGGCUGGUGUUCGAUGUUGCCAUUGAGGGAAGCAAAUUCACCGUUUAUGUGAAAACUCAGACAUGUAAAGAAAUGGAAUUUAAAGUAUCGUCGAAUGAUACUUUUGAAACAUUGAGACUCUUGAUUGAAGCCAAAGAAGGAAUACUGCCGGAUCAACAGAGGUUGAUCUUUGAUGGCAAACAAUGUGAAGAUGGUCGCACUAUGAGAGAUUAUAAUAUACAAGCUGGAAGUGCUGAUGACGUCAAGCAAAGGUUCAUGGCUAAUGCUUCUCCUGCUAUUGAAGCUGGUGUAAACCAGAUAUCUUCUUCUACGUGCAACAAAAAUGGCGCCAUUGAACGUGGAGCAGUUUGCUUUGGAGAAAAAACCACUCAAACUUUUACAAAAUGUCGCAAUUUCAACAAAUCCGACGUUGAUAAUUCACUUUGGAACUUUUUUUCAAUCCAAACAUGUAUUCUCUAG